AUUAUUGACCAAACAAACAGUCAGUUGCCAUGGCCAAAAUCAAUCACCAAUAAGCCCGUCAUUUUCUCUUCAACGCUCUUGCAAGCCAUAUCAAAUAGAAGCAUAUUUUGUGAAAAAAAAUGGAGUAUAUUUUUAAGAAGGAGCGCCGCUCCUUUGGAGCCCGCGUUAACUUCGAGGACAAGGAUGAGGUGAUCUUCAGCGAGAACAGCAACCCGGAGCUGGUGAAGAACUACAUCCUGCAAAAUCCGGUGGAUAGAGUGACGCAAUACGCCGGACAGACGUCCCUAAGCGUGGCCAAUACGGAAAGGGCCACGUACAAGAGCACCGGAAUAACCCACAAUGAGGGUGGCUGGCCAAAGGACAUCAAUAUGCACGAUCCGGAGCAGACGGUGCGCUACAAGCGUAAAAUCGAAAAGGACGAGAACUACAUAACCCAGGUGAUGAACCUGACCAAGCCCAUGGAACACUAUAUACACCAGAACAACGCGGUCAACAUUUACGAGAACUACUUCGAAAACCUGGACCCGGCUCCGUUGCCCGAACCCUGCAAGUCCCGAACCGUGAACGUCUACAGAGAUCCUAAUCCUAUCAAGGUGCCAGUGAAGCAUUUGUCCUGGUCCCCUGAUGGUGGCAUUAAAAUGGCCGUCAGCCACUGUGACAUGCGAUUCCAGGGCGACAAGUCCGGGCAGAAGUGCAACUCCUACAUUUGGGAGGUGGAGAACCCAAAUGAGCCCUUUCUCACCUUGGAGCCAAAGGUUCCGUGCGUCUGUCUAGAAUACAACCAGAAGGAUCCCACAAGUCUGGUGAGCGGCAUGUACAAUGGCCAGGUUGCCGCCUGGGACACCCGACAUGGCAAGAAUCCGGUAAUGAUCAGCGAGAGGGAAGUGUGUCACCGGGAUCCCGUCAACUCGGUGCUGUGGAACAACUCUAAGAGCGGCACUGAGUUCUUCUCCGGCGGCUCUGACGGGCAGGUUCUAUGGUGGGAUACCCGUAAGCUCACCGAACCUCUAGACCGCCUCCUCAUGGAUCCGGUAAAGAGCGACGACCAGGAUCUAUCCCGAUCCUACGGAAUUUCGGUGCUGGAGUAUGAGACUACAAUUCCAACGAGAUUCAUGGCGGGAACUGAGAUGGGUAUGCUUUUUUCCUGCAAUCGGAAGGGCAAAACGCCCACGGAAAAGAUCCAGAUACGGAUGAUGUGCCACUUGGGACCGGUGUACGCCAUCACCCGAAAUCCGGCCUUUGUGAAGAACUUCCUUACCGUGGGCGACUGGUGUGCCCGGAUAUGGUCAGAGGAUUGCCGGGAGAGCUCCAUUAUCUGGACCAAGAGCAGCAGCUCUAUGCUUACCGAUGGAGCUUGGAGCUAUACAAAAGUAUCUCAGUUUUUUAUUACACGAAUGGAUGGAGUUCUGGACACCUGGGACUUGUUGCAGCAACAAAACGAACCCGUGCUCACGGUCAAGGUGUGUGAUGAACCCUUGUACUGCGUCCGCACCAAUGAGAAUGGAAAGUUCGUUAGCUGUGGCAGUCAACUUGGUGCCACCUUCCUCAUCGAAGUCUCCGACAACAUGGUGAUGUCGGCCAAGAAUGACAAACCAUUACUCACUGCGAUGUUCGAGCGUGAGAACCGACGUGAAAAGAUCCUGGAAGCAAAGUCGAGAGAGAGCAAACUAAAAGUGAAGGCUAAUCACGGCCAGGAUCAGACUGACAUAACCAUGGUCAACGGAAAGGUGAAUAUGGCGCCCUUCGUCGGUGCCUGUGAGCAGGCAGCUUCGGAGUAUUUUGCGGCCGUGGAACAGGAACGUCAAAGGCGUCUUCCCGGCGGAAAGCAGGAUGCGGAGGAGGCUGAUGUGUCCGAAGCAGAGAGCUCAAAGCAGUAGAAACCAAAAAAUACCUUCGGUGCAAUGUUGUUACUUAAAUUAUAUACAAACUAAAAUACAUUUGGGCUGUAUUCAAAAUAA